AUGUCCUCCUUAGAAGGAUACUUUCUGAAUUUAAAUUUAUUCUCACCACCAUCCGAUUCCAACGAACAAGAAAAUGAACAACAACGUCGAUGGAAUAUUAUUGGUACACGAAUUUAUAUUAUACUUAUCAUACUCAUUCUUUUUAUUACUGGUCUUAUUUUAUUAUUACUUGAACAAUCGACGAUGGUUACUCUACCAAAUCCAACAAAAAAACAGUUUCAACGUCUGCCUAUCAAUGCAAAAUGUUCAUGUUCUCGUAUUUCUAUUUCAUAUGGGAAAUUUAUGUCAUUGAAAACAAGUUUUCAUCAAGUUUGUUCAAGUGAUUUUAUUAGUGAUCGAUGGCUAAAUGCAAUUGAUUCGAAAACAAAUACAACUUAUUUUGCUUUUCGAGACUUUCGACGUUUUGGUAAUGCUCAGUUUCAAGCACUUGCUGCUUAUUGUCGUUUAUCAGAAUCGUAUACUGAUCAAAGUGUUAAUGUCGUUCUUCAAAAUAUAUUGCUAAGUCCACAAAUUCUAUCAGAAACAUUUCUGUGGUCACACAUCAAUACAGCAAUUGAACAAUUCAAACUAAAGACACCAAAUACUUUUAAUAUUCAACUAAAAUUAAUCAUCAAAAUGACAAUCGUCAAUGAAUUAAUACCUGCUGUACAAACUGGCGUGUAUUUCAAAGAUGUUAGCCAGGGACUUGAACCAUGGAUACGCCAAUACCAACAGACGGAUGGUUCUAGGUGUGAUUGCACACGAACCGAUUGUAAUCAAGCAGAGUCAGGUAUUAUCGAUAAAUUUGGAAGACAGGAUAUGUUUGAGAACACGGAUAGUUUUGUAUGGUCUAUACCAGGAAUGUCAACAGGUUGUUUCCCAGGAUUUACAAUUCUAUCGUCGACACUUGAAUGUUUCUACAAUCAAACAUGUGUAGACAAACUUCUUUCAUAUUUUCCAACAAGUGAAAAAUUCAAAGCAAUGAUUAUAGAUAAUGAAAGUUUAUAUCAACCAACAUCAACUAUACAAUCAAUAAUUGAUAAUUUGAUGAUUGAAAAUUGGACAAUGAAUAUUGAUUAUGAUAAAUAUUAUUCAGAAUGUGCACCAUCUUUAUGUACUUAUUUGAAAAUAUCUCGACGAGAUUUUGUUCAUGUCUUAAAAAAAUUGAUUAGUUUAUUGUCUAGUUUGAUAUUAAUACUGGGAUUAAUAAUUCCGCUUGUUAUUGGAUUCAUUAUGAAACGACGAGAUCGAACACCAAAACCACGAAUUUCUUUCAAAAAUCGUUUAUAUCAAUUUAAAGAAAAUAUGCGAAAGAAAUCAAUUGAAUUGAAUAUUUUCAAACAUUCUUCUGAUACUGAUCGACAAACAAAAUUUCAACGUUAUGCAACACGAUUGUAUAUAUUUCUUCUCAUUGAUUCAAUGAUAAUUAUAAUUAUUUAUGUAUUUUUACAAAAAUCAAUUCAAUUAAAAACCAUUUCUUAUCCUACUGAAUUUCAGUUUACUCAACUUCAAGAAAAAUAUCCUCGAUCACUUUCGUGUUCAUGCAGUUCAAUAUCAAUAUCUUAUUCAAAUUUCACAAUAAUUCAACCACAAUAUCAUCAAUUAUGUCGAAGUGAUUUCAUUUCUGAAGAAUGGAUUGAUUACAUGAAGAAACUUACCAUUGAAGUGCCUCCAAUUUUUCAGGAUUAUCGAGCAAUUUCUGUUGGUUAUUUUCAAUUAUUGUCACUACUUUGUAAACAAGCUGAGGAAAUCGUUAUUCAUGCACUUGAGAUUUUUCUCAGAACAGAAUUCGUUAGUUCACAAGUUCUUGCAGAAGAAUCGUUUGAAAAUCAAAUAACUUCAUCGAUUGAAGGUUUGAAAUUAUCAACGACAAAUACUUUUAAAAGAACUAUUCAAUUAAUUCAACGAAUUUAUCAGGGAAAUCAGUUGGUUAGUGUUGCAUAUGCCAGUACUCUUUUUAAAGAUGGAAAUUCAGAAGUAUAUAUAAACUCACAAACAGAGCAAGGAUGUAAUUGUGUUUUAUCUUCAUCCUGUUACUCCACUGUUGAACUUUAUCGUACCAUUAUAGGUGGUAAACUCUUAUAUGAUCCAUAUCCAGUUUCGAAUUUUUUUUAUGGUUGUUAUCCAACUCAAUCAUUAUUUGUAUCAACAUUAGAAUGUUUUUAUAAUUUAUCAUGUAUGUUAGAAAUUGAUGAACAUUUAUGUUCUUCAGUACCUUUCAAUUUUUCUGCUCUUAAUCAAAAUUUAAAUCAACCAAGUGAAACAGUCGAAAUGAUUCUUAGUCGAUUAAUGGUUGAAGAAUGGUUAUCAAAUGUUUCUUUUUUAUUAUAUUAUAAAAAAUGUGCACCAUUAUCAUGUACAUAUCAAUAUGAUGGUCGAAAUAAUAUUUUUAUUAGUAUUACAACUAUUAUAAGUAUUUUUGGUGGUUUAUCACUUGCAUUAAAACUAUUAAUUAUGACUAGUUUAGAAUUUAUUACUAAAAUUUUUUCAAAUAAUUUCUUUCAUUCAAUUUCAUUCAAUUACAUUAAACAAAUCUUUAUUUGUCAUACUGAAAAUCAAAUUAUUCAUCGAUUACAUGUCAUUUUAGUUAUUGGAAUUCUUACUACAUUUUAUAUGUUUUCUACUUUUACUCCUCGUGUAAUAACUAUUCCAACGAAUAAACCUUCAUUAGAAAUCUAUGAAGAUUUAUAUAAAAAAUAUAAUGAUACAUUGGAAUGUCCAUGUUCACAAUUAUCAGUGAAAUAUAAAUCAUUUUUAACUUUAACAACUGGUUUUCAUGAAAUAUGUUCAAGUGAUUUUAUCACAGAUCGAUGGCUUUCAUAUUUAUAUGCGAAAAGAGAUAAUGAUACACGACAUUCACCAUAUGAUUUUUAUAAUUCAGCUAUUGGACAAUUUAAAUUACUUUCCUCAUUUUGUAAUUUAUCAAACGAAACAGUUUCUGAAUCAAUUUUUCAAUUAGGAACAACGGAUUUUAUUAAUAAUCAACUACUAUCAUCAGAUAUCUUAGAUAAUCGAAUUGAAAUGUUUAUUAAUGAGUUUAAACAAACAAUAUCACAAUCAUUUGUCAAUAGUAUUUCAUUAAUUCGAGAAACAAUUAGUAGUAAUAUGUUAAUGACUGUAUAUCUAAGUAAUUGGGAGUUUGAACGUUCAAGUGUUGACUCUUUUCAUAAAUUUAUCCAUAUGUUUCCCUUAAAUUAUAGUGGAUGUAGUUGUUCAUCAUCAUCUAAAUGCGUUAGUUUAUCUCAUGAAAUGUUAACUGGUUGUUAUCCACUUGAAACAAUAUUUCAAACAACAUUAGACUGUUUUUAUAAUCAAGAAUGUAUUGAUUCAACACAUAAUUUCAAAUCAAUAAAUAUUUCAUCAUUAGAAAGAAGUCGUUUUUUAUUAAAUCAAACAAUUGAAUCAGUUGUCAAUGAACUAAUGCUUGAAGAAUUAAAAUCUAAAAUAAACUAUACAAAUUAUUUUGAUGCAUGUUUACCAUCAUUAUGUAUUUAUUCAUAUGUUGACAAAAGGAAUGCUAUUGAAGGAAUAUUAACAUUAAUUGGUUUAUACGGUGGUUUAGUUAUUAUUUGUCGAUUAAUUGCUAUUAUUAUUGUCAAAACAACGUGUCGGGUGAAUCGUAAAAUUAAUCCAACUACAAAUUUAUCUUAA